UAUUUUUCGAGUGCACGACCUCGACGAAUUCUCUUUUAACUUUGCUUGGCGUAGCUCGACGGCGUGCUUUUUGUCCGUCCUCGCACUCCGUAGAGUCCCUGCAAAACGUGAAAGUAGCGUCCUUCCGUCACAGAGUGUGAGCGCACCUUUCGAGUAACACAUUUUAGCAACUUGACUUGGAUAAACCCUCGACGUCUUUGGGACUGCGUGUCGCUUUUAAAUCGUUUCGCAGCUUGCAGCCAAGCCCGCCGCCGAGCUCAGCGGCUAACACACAGAGCCUCCAAAGAAAAAAAAGUAAAUAUCAUCCCAUUUAUUAAUAGCUGUCUCCAGUGACGUCAUUGGCAAGAUGUCGGAGGCGCAGAACGCGUUUCGGAAGCGCGGCAAGAAGCACUUCUUCGGCGCCCAGCAUCACGCUAAACGCUGGAGGGGCUCCAGGGAGCUCGAGGUGGGCAUGCAGGGCAUCCUUAUCACAUGCAGCAUGAACCAGAGGAAAUGCGCGGCGGAGGCCUUCAACCUGCUCAGCGAGUACGCGGACAAGCUGUACGGACCCGAGAAGUUUGAAGAGGAAGCCGGAGAAUGCAGCGAAGGAGAAAACGCCAAAGAAGAAGUUGACGUGGAGGACGCUCUGAAGAAAGAGGUGGCGCAGCUGCGAGCGGGCGGCGGGAGACAAGAGCGACGUUUCCAGGCCCUGGACAGCGGAGCCAACAACGUCAUCUUCAUCAGAACUCGCAAUCUGGAGUCCGACAAGCUGGUUCAUCACAUCUUGUCCGAUCUGCACGCCACCAAGAAGAAAAAGACGCGCGUCAUUCUCCGCAUGCUGCCGGUCACGGGCACGUGCAAGGCCUUCCCGGAGGACAUGAUGCGGUAUAUGUCCACCUUCCUGGAGCCUUGGUUCAAGAAGCCCAACCACGCCACCUACCAGAUCGCCUUCAAGGCGCGUAACAACAGCCACAACAAGAGAGAUGACGUCAUCAAGGCCAUAGCCGGUCUGGUAGGCAAGCUGAACCCCAAGAACAAGGUGAACCUGACCCAGCCGGACCUCACCAUCAUCUUGGAGGUGAUCAAGAGCGUAUGCUGUGUCAGCGUGGUCCGCGAGUACACACGCUACAGGAAGUACAACCUGCAGGAAGUGGUCAAAGACGAAGAGCCCAAGAAGGAGGACGCGGCCAAGGACGCGGCCAAGGACGGCCAAGGCGCUGCUACCGAACCGGCGCUUGCGGGCGGCCGCGAGGCGCUCGGGAAGGAGGAAGACGCCGCCGCCGCUACCCAACCGGCGCUUGCGGGAGGCAGCCAGGCGCCCGAGAAGGAGGAAGACGCCGCCGCUACCCAACCGGCGCUUGCGGGAGGCAGCCAGGCGCCCGAGAAGGAGGAAGACGACGCCGCUACCCAACCGGCGCUUGCGGGAGGCAGCCAGGCGCCCGAGAAGGAGGAAGACGACGCCGCUACCCAAUCGGCGGUUGUGGGAGGCAGCGCGGAGGAGAUGCAGCUGGCGGAGGAACACCUGCAGGAACAAUCUGCAAUGGACGACCAGCAGAAUAAGGCAGAAGGUGAUGGAGAGUAACUGUUUGUUUUUCAAAGUUGAUUAUUUUGGGGGGGGGGUCAAGCAAGCUUAGUAAGUCGUUUCUGCGCUGUCUUUUUAACCCUUCAAAAGUGUUUUUUUUGUACUCGUGCGAUUUGAUUAUAGGUCAACAUGUGUCACAUUCUGUUUUUCUGUCAAGAAAGGUCCAGAAUUAAACAUGGCUUCGACUCGUGUACAUUUU